AUCGGCAUUGCUUUUACCUUUCUCUGGGCAAAGCCUUCUUUCAGCUUGGCUGACCGAAUUCUUUAUCGUCUUCCCGUCCCUCCACGACCAUGCGCGAGAAUUUUCCUACUUAGUGUGUCUCGGCGUCCACGUCGAACCUUGUCAAACACCCAGAAAGCAUCCCGAAAGGGUUAUGCUCGACACCGUGCGUGCAACCCCAGAUUGCUUAGUCCCUUGGCAUUACCUUGGCUCGCCAUGGAUUUGUCGCCCGCCGUGGGGCUUGUACGCAAUGGCCAGAAGUCCGGAGGGGUUGGACUUCGAGGGAAUACGGCUACGUGGGGUGUUUUCGGACUGUUUCCGCAUAUUCAUGUUGCGCAUGGGAUGAUGGGACGAGUUAGAAGUGAGAACGGAAAAAAGUAUAUAAGGAGGGCGUAUCGACGUGCUCUGUCCGUUCGGAUGACACAGUUCCCCUUUACUAUUUCUGACGCGAAAACGGGAGAGAAACGCGGCUCGUCUUCAAGUCUCAACUUCUAAACAUGUCUUCGCGCAACGAGCCUGCCGACCCCAUCCCUGAUGGGAUCCUUGCAACUGCGAAGCAGUCUUGGGGUGAUCUCUUCAGAUGGAGACAACGUGUGGUUAUCACAAACGAGCAGGGCGAGACUUAUGCGGAAUGGCAGGACCCUGAGCCAUUCAAGAACCCCAUCAGUCUUUUCAUGAUGCUCAGUGCUCGUGACUGGCUGUUCUUCCUUGUCGGUCUUGCCGCAUGGACUGCAGAUGCGUUUGAUUUCCACGCACUCUCCAUCCAACAAGUCAAGCUUGCAAAAUACUAUGGUCGUAGCAAGACUGACAUCUCCACCGCCAUUACUCUCACCCUAUUGCUUAGAAGCGUGGGAGCUGCUUUCUUUGGUCUUGCAGGUGAUCGUUAUGGCCGAAAAUGGCCCAUGGUGAUCAACAUGAUCGUCCUCGGAGUUCUGCAGAUUGCGACCAUUUACAGCAGUACUUUCCAGCAGUUCCUGGCUGUGCGAAGUUUGUUCGGUCUCUUUAUGGGUGGUGUGUAUGGCAAUGCUAUUGCCAUGGCCCUUGAGCAUUGCCCUGUCAACGCCCGUGGCUUGAUGUCUGGAAUUCUCCAGCAAGGAUAUUCUCUUGGAUAUGUGUUUGCUGCCUGCGCCAACCUCGGAGUUGGGGGCGGAACGGAAACCUUCAAGACCGUCUUCUGGAUUGCCGCUGGAAUUUCCAUUGGCGUUGGUCUGAUUCGAGUCCUCUUCCCCGAGUCGAAGCAAUUCCUCGAAGCAAAGGCGGCGGGCAAGCGCUCGGUGAGCGCUGGAGAGUUUUGGCGUGAAACAAAGCAAAUGGUCGGCCAGGAGUGGAAGAUUUCUAUUUACUGUAUCAUUCUCAUGACAUGGUUCAACUACUAUUCCCACACCUCGCAAGACUCCUAUACGACCUUUAUGUUGACUCAGAAGGAACUGGCGAAUGACCAGGCUUCCCGUGCUUCAAUCAUCAUGAAGACGGGCGCUUGUGUCGGUGGCACCAUUAUCGGAUAUCUGUCUCAGUUCGUCGGGCGACGUCGCGCCAUUAUCGUUUCGGCUUUCAUCUCUGGUGUUCUCAUCCCUGCCUGGAUCCUCCCAAAGACUGAAAGGUCGCUGAGCGCUACCGGAUUUUUCCUCCAGUUCUUCGUCCAAGGUGCCUGGGGUGUUAUUCCCAUCCAUCUGAACGAGCUCUCGCCCCCUGCCUUCCGUUCUCUGUUCCCAGGUCUUACCUACCAGCUAGGAAACAUGAUCUCCUCCCCAUCAGCACAGAUUGUUAAUGCUGUUGCCGAAAAGACCUUCAUCACUGGGCCGUCCGGAACUCCUGUCGAGGCUUACGGCCCAACCAUGGCUGUUGCCACCGCUAUCAUCGCUACGGGAAUCAUGGUGACAACCGCCUUCGGUCCCGAAAAGCGCGGCCGCCGCUUCGAGACUGUCGUCGUUGGUAUGCAACAGCAGAACACGGCAAAGGUUCUGGACGUCGAGGAAGGCGAUCAAAAGCCUGGCGAGGAGAACAUUGAGCGUGCUCCUAAGAUUUAGAUGCUUCGUCUCGAAUGACCAUACACGACAAAGCAAAGACGGUGACUACCGAAGGACUGGAAACGGCAAUAACUCGACGACGGACUUACGGUUGAUGUCAAUAACGACUCUUGUGAUAUAUCCACCAAUAAUUUCAAGAACAAGAUGAUCACAAAUCCUCGCUUUCGCGCUUCCGUUCAUAAACACUAAUCAUAUCCGUCCCCUUCCCAACCUCAUACGUCCUCUCCGGCCGCACAUACAGCUUCCUAGUAAAUGCCCCUGUCCCUGAAUCCCCACCAGCAAGAAGCUCCCAAUGCACCCCAUUCACUCCCCAGGGCGGCCCCGGCAGCCCAGGAUCCUUAUACAUCGGAAACUCCAAGCAGACCAACAGCCCACCAGGCUUUAGCAAUCCCUUCAUCCGCUCCGCCCAGCGUCCCCGCAGACUCGGAUGCAGUGCGCACAGAAACUAAAGAUACCCCGCGUCAGCAACAUCACGCCAUCAACCGGACAUCCGAGGUCAGCCCGAGACACAGCCGCACUAGGCUUUUGAAGCCAGGUAUAGGUACUUACGGUAUAAUCAUAAACAACAUCAAACUGAACCCCUAGCGCAUCCGACCAGGACGAGUCGAAGAAAUCGCCCUGAAGGAAUCUCGGCGUUCCGGGGGAAAGGGAGAGAUCUUCGGCGUCAUUACCAUGGCCGUGUAGUGCAGUUGUGCUCGUAGUCCUACGCGCUCCGAAAUUCUCCGCAGACGGCGAGGCGAGUUCCGUCUGUGCGAGCGCCUGCGCCUCUGAUAUAGCCGUGGCGGAUAUUUCGAGCCCGUAGGCGUCGAAGCCGUGGAGCGAGAGUGCGAUUACGUCGUAGCCUCGGCCGCAGCCCUGGAUUGGGAGCUCGUUAGUACGUGAUACAAAGGAAGUCAGUAGUCACCGAGUGACUACCUAUAGUCACUACUGUGUGUGUGAACUUCGGCCACCAUCAUAAAGUCGGGAGGCCGAACUCCUCGCUGGAUUGACAUAUGACAGACUACUCCAUAAGUACAUACCGGCACAAGUACACUCUUCCUCCAGUUCCUCUCCCCAGAUUCCGUUUUGCGGAAAGGAUAGAACAGUGUCGUGUCAUACUCUUCAAUAAGAUCAAUCAGAGCCGGGGAAGGGAGACCUCGGUCCCAGAGGUCACUUUCCCCGGAGUCCCACAGAUCGGACCAUGCUUUCCCGUGGUCGGGGGUCUCGCUGGAGUUUCCUUAUUAGUUUCUGCCACUGCGGGGUAUCGGGAACUGGGUUCGGGAAGUUGAGUUGGGUCGGGUGGGUUGCCACCCUAUUGUGAAUAA